ACUGGAGGCACAAUAACUGGAGAAGCGACUUCUCCCGCCCAAAUACUCAUGGCUCGUCUUCCAAAGUUCUGCACCAAAUUAGACGUUGAGGCCUUUCCCCCAAAUCAAAUCAAAAUCCAGCUAUGGCGUCACGAACAGUUGAUCUCUGGGACGAAGUCGUAGCAGAAGAAGAAGAGAAACAUCAGCGAUCAGUUGGAGACUGGGAGCCAGCAAUAGUUUACCGGAGGCAAAAGGCUGACGUUAAGAAAGAUUUGCCGAGGAGGCAAUCGAAUUCAGGCAGCGGGGACGGGAGCCGUAAGAGCUUUGCGCCGGUGAAGCGUGUGAGUUGGAAUCGCUCGCUUUCCACUAGAGGAAGGACAAGCAUUGCUGCCAAUGCAUGCGUGGAUCAACCAAAACAUGGGAAAGCUAGGCGAAAUGCUAAACCACCACUUCCUAGAGGAAAAGGUGUAGAGCCUCCCAAUUAUAAUAAAGAGCGAGCUUAUUUUCAAGAGGUUGAUGCUUUUGAAUUACUAGAAGAAAGCCCCUCACCAAAGAAACCUAGUACCUGGACCAUGGGCACCCAAGUUGAUGAAGUUGUCAUUCCCCAUCUAUCCUCAGUAUUCCGAAAAUGGCUGAUGUCCAAGAAAUUAAACCAAACAUAUGCAUUUCCUGGCUCACUUUCAAAGAUAUUGGAAACUCCUGUUUCAUCUUCAACCAUAAAGACACCGGCAGAGGAAUAUCUAGGAGUUCAGUUGAACUUGGAUUCUACUCAGCAAAGGCGUAUAUCAAGCUUGAGUGACAAGCCUUCAUCCAGCAUGCCCAUUGAGGAUGCAUGUGAAGAUAUUGAGGUUGCAGUUAGUAAACUAUCUCUGACUUCAGGACAAUCUUCACUGGAUGGUCAUGGUUGGGAUUCAUUUUCAGCUCUUUUAAAUGCUUGUGGUCAGUCAAUCCCUUCAACACUGACUGACAUGUUAUCAAAUUACUGUGAAGGAGAGGCUAUCACCAAGGUUGGGGAAGGGACAUAUGGAGAAGCGUUUAAGAUUGGCGAUAAAGUUUGUAAAAUUGUCCCAUUUGGUGGAGAUUCGCUAGUCAAUGGAGAAGUGCAGAAGAAACCAGAAGAACUAUUGGAGGAGGUUGUUCUUUCAUGCACUCUCAAUCACCUUAGAGGACUUGAGGCUGAUGUAUCUAAUGCCUGCACUUCCUUCAUACAGACCAUCAACUUGAGGGUUUGUCAAGGAUGUUACGAUUUUAAUCUAAUAAGAGCAUGGGACGACUGGGAUGCGAAGAAUAAUUCAGAAAAUGAUAACCCUAAGGAAUUUUCUUCGGAUCAGUGUUAUGUCGUUUUUGUUCAAGAACAUGGUGGUCGGGAUCUUGAAAGCUUUGUGCUUUUGAAUUUUGAUGAAGCACGAAGUUUAUUAGUUCAGGUCACUUUGGCACUGGCUGUGGCAGAGGCUGCUUACGAAUUUGAACAUAGGGAUUUGCACUGGGGUAACGUUCUGUUAACUCGGAAAGAGUCUGCUGCUUUGCUAUUCAUUCUUGAUGGAAAGAAGUUACUAAUAAAAACUUUUGGAUUGGUCGCAUCCAUUAUUGAUUUCACCCUCUCAAGGAUGAAUACAGGGGAAGAUAUACUCUUUCUCGACCUAUCAUCGGACCCCGAGCUUUUUGAGGGUCCAAAAAGAGAUAUACAAGCAGAUACCUAUAGGAAGAUGAGGGAUGUCACAGAUGAAUGUUGGGAAGGAAGUUUCCCGAAGACCAACGUGUUGUGGAUUCAAUACUUGGUAGAUAUCUUGCGACUGAAGAAAUCCUUCGUAAGUCUUUUAUUGGAGAGAACUUCGAAAGAUGAGAGAGAACUGCGCUCUCUGAAGAAACGCUUGAAUACCUACGGUUCAGCUAAGGAGUGUGUGUAUGAUCCUUUCUUCAGCGACUUAUUUAUCAAAGAAUCAAGUAGCAGUUGAAGAAUGGUGUAAGUGUAACUGCAGGUAUUUUGAUGAUUUAAGCUAAAUUUUGUCGUAUUUUUUUAGAUUGGAAACCUUUUUGGUUUUCAGUCACUAACAAUACUAUACUGGUUUAGGUAGAAAACAAACAGUUAUGGCAAUCAAAUUGUGCUGAAAAUAAUGUUAAUAUUGUUUUAGUAGAAAAAUGGAAUGUCUGCAAGAAAAAUGGAGGCACUUGGUCCA